AUGUUCUCUUCUAUCGUCCUUCUCAGCGGCCUUGUCGCUUCAGCUCUUGCCCAUCCUGCCAUUGAGCCUCGACAAAGCUGCACUUUUACCGAUGCUGCUUCUGCCAUCAAGAACAAGGGCAGCUGCUCAACCAUAAUUCUGAACAACAUCGCUGUUCCCGCUGGAACCACUCUUGAUCUGACAAAGCUCAAGGAUGGCACUCAUGUCAUCUUCCAAGGAAAGACUACCUUCGGCUAUGCUUUGUGGGAAGGCCCCUUGAUUGCCUUCACCGGAAACAACCUUCUCAUCGAGGGUGCCUCCGGCCACUCCAUUGACUGUGAAGGUCAGCGUUGGUGGGAUACUAAGGGCAGCAACGGUGGCAAGACCAAGCCCAAGUUCUUCAGCGCCCACUCCCUCAAGGACUCCAACAUCAAGAAGUUGAACGUCAUCAACACCCCUGUCCAGGCGUUCAGCAUCAAUGGCGUCACCAACCUUGGUGUUUACGACGUCCACAUGGAUAACUCCCUGGGUGAUACUCAAGGUGGCCACAACACUGAUGCUUUCGAUGUGGGCUCUUCCACCGGCGUGUACAUCUCUGGAGCCGUCGUCAAGAACCAGGACGAUUGUCUCGCCAUCAACUCCGGCACCAACAUCACCUUCACUGGUGGUAACUGCAGUGGUGGCCAUGGUCUUUCCAUCGGUUCAGUUGGUGGACGCUCCAACAAUGUUGUCAAGACCGUCCGCAUCCUCAACUCAUCCAUCUCCAACUCCGACAACGGUGUUCGUAUCAAGACUGUUUCCGGUGCCACCGGUUCUGUCUCCGACAUCAAGUACGACUCCAUCACUUUGUCCAACAUCGCCAAGUACGGUAUUGUCAUCGAGCAGGAUUAUGAGAACGGAUCUCCCACUGGUAUCCCUACUACUGGCGUUCCUAUCACCGAUGUCACCAUCAACAAGGUCACUGGAUCGGUCAAGUCGAGCGGCACAAACGUCUUGAUCCUUUGCGCUAAUGCCAAGAACUGGACCUGGACUAACAACAAGGUUACUGGUGGUAAGAAGUCUGACAAGUGCCAGGGCAUUCCUUCUGGAUCCGGAGCGUCUUGCUAA